UUCUUUUGCUUUGAAUAGUAUCUAAAUUAUAUAUCACAAAAGUACUAUACUGGUGUAGUAAUACCUAAUGCAAUGAUGAAGUUCGUUAAAUUCUGUAAAUAAUUUUCUUUUUAGUUUGGGUAUUGACCUCGGUUGUUGUGGUUACGGGUUGAGUCUGGAAGUGGCAACAGAAACACCUUUGGAAACAUGGCUGUGCAGAGCUGGGUUGAUAUACUAAAAUUAUCCAAGAAAACUGCUUUGAUACACGAUGGAAAAAGGAAAAUCCAUUACCUCUUUACAGAUGGAAAGGAAAUGGCAGAAGAGUAUGACUUGAAAACAGAUGAGCUCAUUGUAAGAAAGUGGCGCCAUAAAAGCACACUGGGAGCUCAGGGCCAAUGGCAGAUGGAAGUUGGGGAGUCACUUACAAACCCUGUCAUUUCUUUGGACUCUGAUGUGAUCAAGGAGAACUGCUCCAAUCCUGUGUUCAUACGUAAAGACACAAAGACCAACUUUCAGUGGAGAAUCCGCAACCUUCCCUAUCCCAAAGACGUCUUCAGUGUUUUUGUGGAGCCGUCUGAGAGAUGCAUCAUCAUUAAAACCUCAAACAAAAAGUAUUACAAGAAGUUCAGUAUUCCUGAUAUAGAUCGCAGUCAUCUGCCAUUGGAGACCUCCGCCCUCAGCUUCACUCAUUCCAACAAUACUUUAAUUGUCAGUUACAAGAAACCCAAAGAGAUCUUAACCCUUGAGCAGGAGCUGCUGAAGGAGCUGAAGAAACUGAAGGGAACCAGUGAAGGAGAUAUCGACUGCAAAACUCAGUGAAUUCUGAAAAUUACUCAGUGUUGUAUUUAAAGCAGAACCUCACAGCAUCAUUUUUGAAAAAAAAAAAAAAACUUUGCUCAGUACCUUGUCAUUGGUCUGAUACUUCUAAUUGGGUUUAUUAAUUGCAAUCCAUUUAUUAAAAUUGUUCAUUUUGAAAUGUGCCCUGCCAUUUAUAUUUGAUAUAGACAUAGUGAAAUGUACAGUAUAUGUGUGUUGCAGUCUUUCAACCAGAUUUAUUAGUUUUGCAAAAAUGACAAUGACCGUUUUUGUAUCGUAACACCUAAUCUAUUUUUGCUUCUUGUUACCAUAUCUACUAAGGAGAAAUUUUGAUGGUGGUCACAUAACCUCCCACCAUCCUUUCAGUUACGUGCUUGUAAAACAUUCAGAAUACCCGGUGCUCAUCCCUGUUCGUUCCAGGGUCACUGUUACGAGUACAUGCCAUUUGUGUUAACUGAAUGUCCUCAUGUUCCUUGCAUGCAGUGGGCCACCCUGAAAGUCACUAGUGUUACCGUUUCCCUUUAUAACAGAUGUUCACUCAGAUAAAACUCUAUAGACACAAGUUAAAAAUAGAUGCAACAGUUCCAGACUUUUGUUCCAAAAUGAUUUGAUAUUGUUGUCUAUGAAGGACAAGUAUUAAGUCAGCAUUUAAUGAUUCUAAUCCUGAUUUCACAUUGCUGACAUACUGAAUUCCAUGUGUCUAUAUGACAAAUACGUAUAAAAAAGGACUGUGUAGAUCCAUGCUUCAAAAUUGGAUAUUUGUCUAUUUUCCAAAGUUUUAUUAAAAUAAAGCACUGUCCCAUUAGAAAACGAACAGUGCUGUUUAAAAGAGACUAUAACAUUUAAUUACAGAUUGCUUCAACCUUGUGAUUUCUUGCAUUUUUUGCAACUUGUCCAAACCCAGACAGCAAGUGCAAAAAGCAAAGACAAAACCACAGGUUUCUCUCCCUAUUGUGCUUUGUCUCCUUCCAGAUGGAAAGAACAGGAAUUCAAGAAAACAGUUUAAAUGUCUUUCCUGUUGCUUUGAGACUUGUUGUGAGGACUUUGAUGGAACUUGCUAUGACAAAAAUACAUUCACACAUACCUGAUUAAGUAGUGUUUGCUUU